AUGGCUAAAGUUGACAACAAAGUUGUGCUCAUCGUGAUUGAUGGUUGGGGAAUCCCCUCCGAGUCGUCGCCGAAAGAUGGCGAUGGGAUCACUAACGCCAACACUCCGGUCAUGGACGACCUCUACAAGUAUGCCGACGGUUUCAUUGGGCUAGAGGCCUCAUCCCUCGCGGUCGGCUUGCCAGAGGGCCUUAUGGGUAACUCCGAGGUCGGGCAUCUGAACAUCGGCGCCGGGCGUGUGGUGUGGCAGGAUGUUGUCCGCAUCGACCAGACGAUCAGAAACAACGAAUUGGACAAGAACGAGAUCAUCAUGAAGACAUUCCAGAAUGCGAAGAACGGAACCGGGCGCCUGCACUUGUGCGGUCUCAUCUCAGACGGCGGUGUGCACGCGAAGCAAGACCACCUUUACGCUCUCCUCAAGGUGGCCAAGGAGGUUGGCAUUCCCCACGUCUGCAUCCAUUUCUUCGGCGAUGGACGCGACACCGACCCCAAGUCUGGCGCCGGCUACAUGCAGCAGCUCGUCGACAAGACCAAGGAAAUCGGCAUCGGAGAGAUUGCCACAGUGGUUGGCCGCUACUACGCCAUGGACCGCGACAAGCGCUGGGACAGAGUUGAGGUUGCACUGAAGGGCAUGGUUCUGGGAGAGGGUGAAGACAGCAGCGACCCCGUCGCAACUGUCAAGGAGAGAUACAGCAAGGAUGAGAACGACGAGUUCCUGAAGCCCAUCAUUGUCGGUGGAAAAGAGCGCCGCAUCCAGGAUAACGACGAGGUCUUCUUCUUCAACUACCGCUCCGAUCGUGUCCGCGAAAUUACGCAACUCCUCGGCGAUGUCGACCGUUCCCCAAAGCCGGAUUUCGCAUACCCAAAGAACAUUAGGCUCACGACUAUGACCCAGUACAAGCUUGAUUACCCAUUCACCAUUGCUUUCAAGCCGCAGCACAUGGGAAAUGUCCUCGCUGAGACCCUUGCUGCCCAAGGCGUCAAGCAAGUCCACAUUGCCGAGACCGAGAAGUACGCCCACGUCACCUUCUUCUUCAACGGUGGUGUUGAGAAGGUCUUCCCACUCGAGGAGCGUGACGAGUCUCAGGAUCUCGUCCCCUCCAACAAGGCCGUUGCGACCUACGAUCUGGCCCCAGAGAUGAGCGCUGCUGGCGUCGCCAAGCAGGUGUCCAAGAGAAUCCAGGAGCAGGAGUACCCGUUCAUCAUGAACAACUUCGCGCCGCCCGACAUGGUUGGCCACACUGGCGUGUACGAGGCUGCCCUCAAGGGAGUGGAGGCCACGGACAAGGCUAUUGGGGAGAUUUACGAGACGUGCAAGAAGGAGAACUACGUUCUUUUCAUCACCUCUGAUCACGGUAACGCCGAAGAGAUGAAGUUCGCAGAUGGAAAGCCAAAGACCUCCCACACCACCAACAAGGUCCCAUUCAUCAUGGCGAACGCCCCCAAGGGCUGGUCGCUCAAGGCAACCGAAGACGGUGUCCUCGGAGACGUCUCACCAACGAUCCUGGAGGUUAUGGGACUUUCCCAGCCCGAGGAGAUGACGGGCCACAGCCUCCUGGUCAAGAGUUAG